AAUGUGUAAGCAACAUGGUACUUUAACUUUUUAGUCCUUAUAUUAAUCUGGUUUUGUUGUCCGUCACAUUCUACUGCAUGUGUACAUAAUGCAGGUCAUUAUGACUAUUAAAACUUGACAUAAGCAUGCAGCCAGAAACUAAAUCUGUUUCUAUUCUUUGUGUCAUCACUGUCAAGAGAUAAAAGAUGUGAUGGAUUUACAAUAAAAAAAACGCCCUAUAUCAACCUUAGUUUUGUUUGAUUAGUAAACUUAGUAGGUUCACUAUGUAAGUACCUGUACUGCAGUGCAUGUUUACAUAAAGUUGUGUUUAUAAGGUUUUUAUAGCGUAUUAGCUCCAUGGUACUAGGAAUCGGCAAAUCAUCGUUCUUCUUCCUUGUAUUGGACUUAAACAAGUCUUUUUCUGUAGAUUCUUGGGACCGAUGUAGAAAUUAUCAUUUUGAAGAGUUUGAAGAUUGCUUUAAGAGGGGAGAUCAUUAUCAUUAUCUUCCAUUGUUUGGAAAUUACUUCCUUGGAUGAAUUAUCCUCUGGAUAGGAAUUAAAAUGUGAUUCAUAUGGAAUUGAGUUUUUGUCUGUAAAAUGCAACGAUUGACUUGGAUGUUUGUGUCGUCUGAUGGAGUACUGUGUUGCAAAUGGAUCAUAAAAGUGUCAUGCCAAUGAAGUAGGUGGAGAAUGGAAUCUGUAGGACUUGCAUCGUGUGAAUGUGGCUUGUCCAUAGACACUGAAAGUUGCAGCCAGUGCAAGCAACGUCUUUCUUCUUGGUACUUUGAGAGGGAUAAAAAGCUCUACUGUCAGAAGGACUAUUGGGCUCAGUUUGGAGAGUCCUGCCAAGGAUGUGCACAACUUAUCGCUGGACCUGUGAUGGUUGCUGGUGAACACAAGUUUCAUCCCGAUUGUUUUGUCUGCUCCAAAUGUCAAGCCUAUAUCGGAGAUGGGGACAACUACGCCUUGGUGGAAAGAUCAAAAUUAUACUGUGGCCAGUGCUACAAAAAGUUGACUGUCCUGCAAAGGGAGAAGAGAAGCACCAGGAAGAAGAAAAAGCCAGCACACACCGUGCAGCUGAUCAACAUACCACCGACGCCAGAGGGACAGAAAAGAUUCUCGCUGUCGCUAGAAGAAAUUCAGGGCAAGGAAUCAAGCUCGAGUGAAGAUGGAACUGCUCCAGGCAAGAGUAUCUGUAUAUCAGACUUGGAGACAACACCUGAGACGGUUUCUCUUGAAGUUGGGGAUAGGAUUCUAGAAGUUAAUGGUACACCUGUCACUGAUCAUAAUAUAUCAGAGAUCGACAGGAUACUGUGCCAAAGAACGUCCCAGCUCCGCCUCACGGUCGAACACGGCCCAUCCUCCGAUCCAAUCCCCGAUGUCUGCGAGAUCUUUAGUCGAUCCAGCAGCGAAGAGAGUAACUCACCAUCCACCUCCCAUGCACCUGAGAUUCCUUCCUUCAAUAACAACGUUCAUACUUCAUUAUCUGAUAGUUCACCCGGUGAGAAAGGACGGUUAGGUAUGUUCAGCUAUGACGGCAGACAUAUAAAGCUCGACAGGCAUGGCUCAGCACCUAAAGGACGCAGUAACUAUCCUGGAGUAUGUAGUCCUACCUCACCGUUGUCAAGGACUCAGUCCUACCGUAUCUCUAAGAAUCAGAGGAUAUUCAGACCCGCAGAUCUUAUCAAGGGAGAAAUCCUCGGACAAGGGUUCUUUGGAAAAGCUGUCAAGGUAACUCAUCGGUAUACUGGUGAAGUAAUGGUUAUAAAAGAGCUCCUCAGAUACAGUGAGGCUGCACAAAGAGACUUCCUCAAAGAGGUCAAGGUCUUAAGGAGUUUAGAUCAUUACCAUGUCCUCAAGUUCAUAGGUGUCCUCUACAGAGACAAGAAGCUCAACCUUGUUACUGAGUUCAUUGGAGGAGGGGCACUGGAGAACAUUAUCUCUGAUCUGGAGAAACCUUUCCCAUGGCUGCAAAGAAUAAAUGCUGCAAGAGACAUUGCUUCAGGAAUGUCUUACCUUCAUUCGAUGGGGAUAAUCCACAGAGAUCUUAACUCAAAUAACUGCCUUGUUAGGGAUGAUGGCUCUGUAGUUGUAGCAGAUUUUGGUCUUGCCAGGGUAUUGAUCGAUGAGACUGACAGUCGAUGUCCGAACUCACUGGGUCCCGGUAAGGAUAGACGCCAAGCAGCGGGUCGUAAGAAGCGUUAUACCAUGGUGGGCACAGCAUACUGGAUGGCCCCGGAGAUGUUAAAAGGUAAAGACUACAAUGAGAGGGUAGAUGUGUUUUCCUUUGGAAUCGUCAUGGGUGAAUUGAUAGGGAGAGUGAAUGCCUGCCCGGAUGACUUACCACGCAGGAACGACUUUGGACUGGAUGAAGAGGCUUUCAUGAAGAAAUGUUGUCACAACUGUCCCAAGACGUUCCACCAUAUUAUGCUCAUGUGUGUUAGGAUGGAAUCGGAUGAAAGGCCUUCAUUUGAUGAGUUGGAGCAGAGACUGACAUCCUAUUCUCUUCACUUUGAGAGACUUUCACCCCGUGCCAAAGAUCAAGAAAGUUACCAUAUUUCACCUCCCGGUAUAGAGUCGUCAUCAAACACCUGAACAAGAAGCCGGACAUAAGAAGUGAAUGGUUACCAGUCUGUGAUCAAGGACAAUAAUGUCACUGUAUGCGGAGGAAGACAUUUUGAACAAGUUUCAAGAUGACCUCUUUUAUCCCGCCUUUUAUACUUGCUGCUGCCUCAAACAUUUGGACAUUAUCUUACAUUUUUCCAUUAUCUGGAAAACAGUUGGUUAAAAUUUCUGUUAUUUAUUUUGCUUGUUUCAAGUGUCAGAUGAUGAAUUGAACAAUAUGCAUAGAUACCAUUGUCCAUUGUUAUCAGUAGAAAGUUGAUCAAUGACAAUAGAUAUCACUGGAAGAUUUCUGCAUCUUCAAUUUAAUUCUGAGAGCAUGAAAAAAUAGCUUAGAUUAAGACUUAAAGUUUGAAAUUACUUUUCUAAUAAAUGGAAUUUCAAUAUGUGAUAGAACCUCAAAUGACUACAGCUCUUUGUGAAGAAUAGGUAUUUGUUAAGACUAUUUUUCUGCUCCCAGUUAUUAAAGAUAAUUCUCUUUUAUACUUUACAUAUUAUUACAAGGUAAUUUGUAAAAUAACUCUAUAAGAAGGGUGCAACAUUUCCAGUAUAUGGUGCAACAUUUUUGUCCAUUGAGCAGGGUUAUUAAAGUGAGAUGUGCAUUUGGGAUAUUUAUUUUUAUACCAUUCUUGUAUAAAAUAUCUUAAAAUUUUUAUGGAAUACAGUGUAUGUUAUCAUUAGCUUUUUUCACAAAGCACUAGCAUGGUUUAAGAUUAAUCAAUCAUCUUGAACACAGAAGUACUACUUCCAACUAGAUUUGGAAACAUUAGAAUCAUAAAUUUUGAUACAUUAUAUUUAUGUGUAUAUCUCCAUUCACUUAAUCAAGGGGAUGUAAUAGUUGCCAAAUUUGGUGGUUUUUUUUUUUAGCUUAGCCCGGCUCAAGUAAUAUUCAGGAAUCUCUGCAGGUAUUCAGUAAAAUGAGUGCACAAUGUAGGGUAACCAUCCGACCUUGCUCUCAAAAAAAAAAUUGAAUAGUCAUGAUCGUUCACGACCACAUGUAUGCUGUUAAAUGAAUGUGUAUGCCCUAUAACACUUUAAUAUGAAAGAUAUGAAAUAAGUGUGUUUUAGUGGAUAAAUUUUGCAACUUUACUUUGAUCACUAGAUAUGCAAGAGAAGUAAUUUGGAGAAAAAAAAGAAAUAAUUACUGAGAAAAGGUGCUAGAUACCUAAUAAAUCUAAAUGUAAUUUUCACAAAGAAUAACAUUUAAAGAAUGGCCACUACACUAUUGAAACAAACUUUAAUCUUUUUUCAAUCAAAUUUGUUUUUGCCUACUCUUUUAUGCAGACUUCUUCAGACUAGUGCUGACUCGCCGUAGAGGGGGUAGUAUCAGCAGGGCAGCAGUCCUUGAGAAUGGGAAUGUACGAAGGAGAUGAUUUGUAUUGUCCAGUGUCUCUGUUCAUGGGAUGUCCCAUUCUCUCGAACUGCCGCGCUUCCGAUACUACCCCACCUACGAUGAGUCAGUGCUAGUCUUGAGAAGCCUGCAGAUACAAAUAGGAAAAGUAAGAAAUAUUGAAGUCAACUUUAAAAGGUUUUAUGUAACAAUUGGCUAUCCAUACAUUAAAACUGAAGAAUAAGUACAUGGUACAAGAGGAGUUUUUAAUAGUUUAUUUUAGAUUAUCUGACCACACUACUUGCCAAAUGAAUAUAAUUGUAUAGAGAUACAGAAAAAUUUGAAAGUAUUUGAAUUCUGAAAUUCCUGUGAAAUGUCAGCCUUUUAACUGCAGUUAAUCUACUUAUCUUUUUGGUGUUCAAAAUAAUUUGCCAUUAAUAUAUAAUCAGUUGGAAAUGAUCCUCCCUGCAUAUGUUGUUAGUUUACUUUGUUUUGUAUGUGUAUUAUAUGGUCACAUGUAUCAUGGUUGUAUUUGUGAGAAAAUAUUUCUUGCAAAUGUCAUGUAUAUAUGACAAUCACUGUAAACUACUGAUGGGGCCAAACUUUGCCAAAUUUUUACAAACAUAUGCUUGUCUUUUCAAGAUUUUCUAUGUUUCUUACAGUUUGUGUGUGUUUUUCAUGCAUCACUAAGAGCUGAAUUUUUUUUCUGUAGAUUUUCAUUUUAUUUAUUGUGCAAUGUCAAAAAUGAGAUUUAUGGUUUAUGCUUUCUGAUAGAAAUUUUAAUUGCAGUCUUUCAAUGAAAAUCUUUAUAGAUAUCUUUAUUUGGGAUAUACACUUUAAAUUUAUUGGUUUAAUGCUUAAGUUUAUCUAAAUGCUUUCAUAGAAUGAAUAUAUUUAAUUAAACUGUCUCAUUAACUAAAAUGAUUUGUGUGAGUAUAUUUAGCUGCUGCUUUGCACAAAAGUAAUUUAGAGAAAAAUAAAAAGCUAGUAUGUUUAUUUCAGGUGCCGAUUUAUCCGUUAUCAAAAAUACAUUCCUUAUGUGCAAUUGUAAAUUAUGUUUCAUUUUCAUGUUUUUCCCCCUUGAAAAUUAUAUUUCAGAGCAUAAUCAACUCAUAAGCAAUUUUUUUGUCAAAAUACUCUAUUCAUGUUGUUAUUUUGUUGAAAGCUAAUUUUUCAUGUAAAUUUUGUGUUUCUAAAGAUGUUAUACAACUGAAAUUGCAAUUUAAUUUGUUCAACAAAAACAGUAACUGUUGUUUUGCCAGUUUUCUGAUCAUUCAACGGAUAGAGAAUAUGUAGGCUUUGUGAAACUGUCAUGCUGUAAUAUUUUGGACCAUUUAUACAGUAUGUCCAUUAUUCACGUCAUUCUAAAUCUAUCCUACAUUUGUAAAUCUAAGUAGAAAAUUGUGUCUGUUCAGCCUACUUUAUAGCGGAUGCUUUAUUGAAGGGAAAGACCUAUUUUAAUACUGAGAAAGAAAAGAGAAAAAUAAAUCUAGAGGAUUUUGAUGUGGAUAUCAUUUAUCUAAAAAACAUAGGAAUGUUGGGAUGACAACUUUAUGUAUGCUUGCUUCAUCUGGGUGGUGUUUCACAAAGUUCAACUUCAAUGCAUGAUUGGGAGCCAAUGCCCACAUGUUAUUUAAUGCGUAGUCUCAUGGAUGGAUACAUAGUGCACAUUCCUUGUGUUUCUGGUCAUUAUAGUGAUGCAUCAACCUCAUGCGACUAGGAAUUCAAGUGCAAUUUUUAGUCAUACCUGUUUAUUCAUAUCUUCAUGAAACAUUCCCAGAUUAUGUAAAAAAAAAUUUCAUGCACAAUCAGCUUCAUAUCUACAGUGUACCAGUAAUUAACUUUUGAAAAAGGAUUGCCGAGUAGGAUGUCUCAAUUUUCUUGCUUGAGUUUAUCAGGCUUUAAUAUUAUAAUAUUGUUGCAUUAUGUAUCAUGGCCACGGCUAUUUUGGCUCAUUUUGUUUGUAACUACUCUGCUGGUGUUUUAGUGCUGUCCUGAGACAAGGAGCAUAGAAUCAAAUACUGCAUCUUGCCCAUCUAGAUAUUUGUAACCUGACUGGCCAUUGACUUCCUGUCGAAAAAUGGAGAAAUAUUGCAGGGUACAGUAACCUCAUAUUUAUUAUCUCACUUGGUAGAUUGAAAUAUCUAAUAUCAGGGUCUCCACAGAAAUUUGAAAACAGAAUUCCAUGACUUUUCUAUGACUAAAUUGCUGCUUUCCAUGACUUUCUGUGACUUCCCGGGAGUAAUGUAGAAUGUGGGAUGUCACAAAACUGGGAUAAAUGGAAAUCAUGGACACCAAUUAUAAUAUCAGAGUAUGACCACAGAGAAUGAAAGUUGCGAGAUGCGACAAACUGGAAAGCUGCUAUAGCCAUAUGGUAAAUGCAAUUCCAUGACUUUUCAAAUUUUCCAAAUUCCCUGACUUUCUAUGACCACAAACUUUUCCAGGAUUUUGCAUGGCUGCGGGAAUCCUGAAUAUAUUAUAAAAUUUGUAGGAAAAAGUCUCUGACACUGAUUUUCUGUUUUAUCAGCAUACCAGUCUGAAGAAAGUAGCAUCAGUGUUACACUUGUGGACUGACCGAUUUGGCUUGUGCCUCGUUGAAAUAAGUAAAAGAAAUCCAAAUAAACCUUUAUAUAAAGGUCUGUUUGUUGAAAUCUGUAUUAAUGUGUCAUCAGUGUGGUAUUUUCUGUACAGUUGAGCUACGAGGAUCAAAUGAAAUGCCCCUUUAAUAUACCAUUGAAAUUCCAGAUGUUGUCUUUCAAAGCACUGUGUUGUGUGGAAUUAUGUACCAUGCACCAUUUCAAUAAAUUCAAUUAUCUUAUGAAAUGAAUUAUCACCCAG